UUCCAAAAAUCUGACUUCUCCUUCUUAGAGAAUUUUGCGCAGAUUAUAGACAUGAUAGUUGGAGACAACAAUUCCGAUGCAGUAGGAAAGGCUGUUGCGCGAUUAGAGGAAAAAAUGGAGCACGCCAAACGUGUUCUCGAUUCACUGCCUGGGCUUCAGUAUGCCAAAGAGGAACAAGAAAUGAUAUUAAGUGAACAAUUAAAAGUGCUUGAAAAGAAGAAGGCUCAGUUAGAGGCUUAC